UAAAGUCAACUCAAAACAAAAAAAGAAAGAAAAAAGCUACUUUGUAUGUGUGCUUUGUUGACAGAGUAGGUAAAGGUGUGACCGUACCCUUAAACAACUUUUACAUAAAAGUAAAAAAUUUCAUUCUUACGUAUGUGCGUAUUUUAUUUAUAUAAAAAAAGUAAAAAUAUAAUUAUUAAAUGAAGUGUAAUUAUGUUUAAGAAAGGCAGUUGAAGGAUUUUUAAAAAAAAACAAGAUAUUCUCAUUUUUCACUAUUUGAAGUGAUUUUCCAUUUAGUUAACUAGAUCAAGAGUAUGGUUAAUUGUUGUAAAUGUUGAGUGUAAAGAGAAAAAUUUGCCUUGCAGAUCUUUAUUACAAGGCCAAGCAAUCUUUUACAUGUCGAGGUCAAGAAUUUUGAAAAUCAUAAUGCAAUUCUCUGGUGUCAAGAAUUCAGAGUGUCGUGAACAUUAUUUUUGGAGAAACAGUAGACACAGACAAUGAGAUUUAUUUCAUUAAAAUUUGUCAGUACUUUUAAUGUACUGAAAAAUGGAUUUGGCAAACAUUCUAGCAGUAUGGAUUAUAAUGUGGUGUUGCCUGAUGAGAUGCUUCGAUUUAGCAUCUCAGGCAUCAUCGAGACCAGUUCCUUGUGACAAGACAAGAAAAAUAUUCACCGAUUCCUGGGGCAUAAUAAGCGAUGGUCCCAUGGGAUCGAAUUACACUCAAGAUUCCCAUUGCGAAUGGUUGAUAAGAGCGAAUUCAAGUCGACAAUUUAUAACAUUAAGUUUUCGAACUAUGGGUACAGAAUGCAGUUAUGAUUAUGUGUUUGUUUACGAUGGUGAUUCCUUCAAGUCUCCAUUAUUAGGUAGUUUUAGUGGUAAAACCGAACCACAACAAGUUACAUCCACAUCGGGUUUUAUGUUAAUUUUAUUGUACAGUGAUACAAAUUACGUUUUGGAUGGAUUUCAUGCUGAAUUUUCAGUGACUGAUUGUCCAAAUAAUUGUACUGAUCAUGGAAAGUGUAUUAAUAAUACAUGUUUUUGUGAAAACGAUUGGGGUGGUCGAGACUGCUCAAAAAUAUUGUGUCCGAAUAAUUGCGGUCAAGGUGGCCGAUGUGAUAUUAAACGAUGUCAAUGUUUUGACAAUUACUCAGGACAAUCUUGUUCCCUGCAUAAAACUCAUCCAGAAGGAAAUCGAUGGCAUUGGCUUUCGCAUUCAGAAGGUGGAAUGACACCAAGAGCAGCUCAUUCAUCAGUUUAUGUUAAUGAAACUGAUUCUUUAUAUGUAUUCGGAGGUUAUAAUCUCAAUUUUAUACUCAGUAAUUUGGAAGUUUAUCGUUUUAAUAUUAGCAAAUGGGAAGAUGAAUCUGGCUCCAUAUUGGAAGGAACGUCAUCGGCCGAAUAUUUAGAUCCAAUGUUACUUGCCAGUGAAUUAGGUGUUGGGGAACAAUAUGGUCUCACGAAAACGUCAAUAAUUUGGAAAGUCUUAAAUAACAUUAAAGCGAAUAGCACCAUAAGGACUGCAAUAAAAAGUCAUAGAAAACGAGAUCAUAGAGGAAAGAUUAUUUCCUCGCAAAGGAAGCAUUCCCGAAGAAUUAGAUCUCAGUACUUUCAAUAUUCAACACGAAGAUAUGAAAAACCAUUCGAUAGUGCUUCACGUUUCAAACGAUCAACUAAUGAAACGUGGAAGGACAAAGUAAUUGAUGAUUCAGUGGAAAAGAAUAUUUUUUCUCAAAAAAUAUUUAAAUCCCAAUCAACGACAGAAUCGAAUUUCCUCAAGGAGCAAAUGGAGGAGAAUUUUCAAGAAAUCCCAAAGCCAGGUGCAAGAUACGGUCAUGCGGCAUGCAAAUAUCAAGAUGGUUUCGUCAUAUACGGUGGCAAAGUCGAAGAUGGUUCCCUAUCGAAUGAAUUAUGGCACUAUGAUGUUAAGAAAAAUCUUUGGACAUUACGAGCAAAGAAUUCGCCAUUUUAUCCACCAAGAUUAACGAGGCACAGUCUCACGCUAACGAAGGAUUAUAUUUAUCUCUUUGGAGGAAGUACAGUUGAUGGAGAGUUUUCCUCGAGUCUCUAUACGAUUAAACUGAAUUUAUCUGACAAGACCGGGAGUACGGAAAAAUGGCAGGAAGUGAGACCACGAGGUGGAAAGGAAUUGGACGUACGUGUCGUUGCUCACUGCACAGUUUAUCAUCAUGGAACGAAUUCCUUAUUAGUUUAUGGAGGUGUUGUUGCCAGUGUUGCUCGCUUUAGUAAAUUAUCCGACAGAAUGUUCGCAUUUCAGCUUGAUAGAAAAGUUUGGUCCGAAAUACAUUAUCCUCGUGCACAUUUACGUGAUACUUACGUUCCUAGGGAACGAGCAUUUCACACCUGUAACAUUAUUGGUAAUUAUUUGGUCGUUUUUGGAGGCUAUUCGCACCGACAUAAUAAGGAAGAAAUUUGCUACGACAAUCAGAUGUAUCUUUAUCAUUUGGGUUGUCAUGCCUGGGUCAGCCACGACGUCCUGGGUUCGGACGAACCAAAUUCUCGAUAUCCGAAACAACAAGGAGUUUUCGCACACGCCGCAGAUGUUAGAAAUGGAAAUACUUUAUUACUCGUUGGUGGUUAUCACGGAAAUGUGAAUGCAGAUCUUCUUGCUUACACCCUACCGCCAAUGGUUGCACCCGGCGAUUAUGAAUUUAUUGAACCCGAACAAAUUUGCUCGCGUCACAAGAGUUUUGUCGAGUGUGCAGCAAAUCCCGAAUGUGGAUGGUGUUCCGCUGAUGAGAUUUGUUACGGAAGAACAGUGGGCAGUAACUGUACGACAAAUUUACAAACGACAAGAUGUCCAGGUGUUUGUCCAGCGUUAGGCGAUUGUCAUUCGUGUUUAAUUCAUGGACAACCGGGAGGUGGAUGGGGAACAAAUGCACGUGGUAAAAGUUCAGUUUCGAAUAAAUUGAAUCUUGGCACUUGCACGUGGUGUGUGCAGAAUGCACGCUGUCAUCAUAAGGACGAUAAUUAUGGUGUUUGCGGUCUUCGCGAUGAUACACUCUCACAAAUACCUGGUUGGUGGGGACCGAAAGGCACGGAAAUAGCAAAAGUCGAGGAGUGCCGUGAAAUGGAUAAAAGACCGGGUUUGACAUUUUUGACGUAUAAGCCGCCGGUGAAUUUUACUCAACCCGAUUCGGUGACAAUUGUUAAUGCAACGACGGUUGAUUUUAAUGUGCCAUCGAUGCAAGGGGCAAAAACUGAAUCGGCCCUCGGGGGAGAAAUGAUUGCGAGGUUAAUUGGAUUUCUUCGAUUGCCACAGGAUUAUUGGGAUAAUUCGAUGGAACGAUUGAAAAUAUGCGUUAGUUACAACAGUGCCACUCUGAAUGUAUCGAGGAGCGAUAAUCGUCAAGAUAUGCAAUUGGUCGCCAAUUUGACAGCCGAGACCUCUCAGUGUGUAUCGACAAGAUGGCCAGAUGGACGUGAAAUGACAUUGAACGCAGGACGCUAUCUCUUGGAUUUCGAAUCAAAGCGAAUGGUGACAGCAAGUUAUGCCUAUGCGAGUAAAAUGGAAAUCACCCACAAUAAGAAAAUUGAAAAUCCAAAAGUCUUCACAUUCGAAUAUUUGGAACCUUAUCAAAAUGGAAGUUGCAAUCAGUAUAAAAAUUGUCUACACUGCCUGACCGAUUCUUCUUGUGGUUGGUGUGAUAUCAGCGGUAAAUGUGUGUCAAGAUCCAUAAAUGAGACCGAAAGUUGCACUGUGACUUUUGCUGCCAAUGGGAAUGUGAUCGAGAGUGAUAAUAUUGAAAUCUACGGGAAUGAGACACCGAUUCGUGAUUGGCAUUAUUUGACCAUAACACCAUCGACUUGUGCGAAUUGCUCCAAUUAUAUAUCAUGCGAAUCGUGUAUUAAGAGCGGAUUAUGCGAGUGGUGGACAGAGGAGGCAAGAUGCGCGAGAAUUGGAAGACUACCCGACGCAGUGAUAAGUUUGAAUCAAUGUCCGAUUCCCUGUCGACAGAGAUCGAAUUGUACUCAAUGUUUGGAUGAGCGGGGCCGGUGUGUUUGGUGCGAGGCCACGCAGGAGUGCUUCUCGUUUUCGGUUUACACUUCUGAGUAUCAGUUUGGAUUGUGUCGAGAGUGGACGGAUCAGGCUGGUCUUAUGGGCGUCACUUCUAGAAGCGGAUCGUCCUUAAGUGGAAACGAUCAGUGUAAAAGUUGCAGUAGGCACACGAAUUGCUCCAGUUGUCUGCAUUCCUUGAGUUGUGGUUGGUGUUACAGUCUGGAGAAUCCAAUUCUGGGAAAUUGUGUUCAAGGUGAUUUCAAUCAGCCCCAUACGAAUUGCAGUCUAGUGAUUAAUCAGCGAAGAAAUAACAGUUUGGAAGUUCCAUCAUCGGAAUCGGGUUGGGCCUACGCUCAAUGUCCGGAUGUUGACGAAUGCGAUUUGGGUUUACACGACUGUCAUCCCGAUGCAGUUUGCACAAAUACUCAUGGAAGUUUCAGUUGUCAGUGUAAGAGAGGUUUCAAUGGCGAUGGACGGGAGAAUUGCACAAAAACAUGUUAUGAAAAAUGUGUCAAUGGCUAUUGUUCAGAGGCUCCGGAUUAUAAAUGCCAGUGUAAUUUGGGCUGGACCGGUGCUGAUUGUCGAACAAAUUGUGGUUGCUACAAUCAUUCGACGUGUAAUCAAGGACCUGGGAUUUGUGACGACUGUCAAAAUUGGACGGAGGGGGGAAAUUGUGAGAAGUGUAAAGCGGGGAGUUAUGGAAAUGCGACGAACGAUUUGGGAUGUACGAAAUGCGAUUGCAAUGAGCAUGGAGACGUGGAGGCUGGGACUUGUGAUCGAGAGAGUGGAAUUUGUUUCUGUCGGGAUAACACCGAGGGAGAUAAGUGUGAGCGUUGCACGAAGGGAUAUUAUGGAAAUCCUGGGAAUGGAGGAAUGUGUUACUAUGGUUGUGUUUCGAGGGGAAUGUUGGAGGGUGAAGGAAGUGGAAGACAGGGUUUGGGGAGUAGACACUCUCAGCUGUCGUUGUGGGAGACACGACUUGGUGGUCCAUUGACGAGAGAAUGCUUGUGGAUUGUGAGUCCGAAAUUGGUGCUUUCUCCGGAUACAAUGACGCCUAGUGUUCAGAGUGUUAUUCAAUUUACUAUUCACGAGGAUAUUAAUGUGAGUUGUCAGGAGAAUGGGGUUUAUGUCUAUGACGGUCUUCCGGACUUUGUCUCCUCUACCACGAGUCAUCAGAGUCAAUUGCUGGGAGUCUAUUGCACGGAGAGUACGAAUUAUCCAAUAACAGUCGAGGCGAAAUCGGGCUUCUUGACCGUUCACUACAAGCAACUGGACGAAAUCGAAGGUUUCAAUGCAAGUUACGUGAUUAUGACCUGUAACAACUGUCCUCCACCGAAUCGUCAAUGCAGAAGUGGUAAUUGUCUCUGUAAAACGGGAUUUGUGGGCAUCAACUGCGACAUUGAGUUGUGUCCGAAAAAUUGCUCCUCAUGGAAUAAACAAGGACUUUGUGACAAGGGCUACGGUCACUGUGUCUGCACGAACGGUUACGGUGGACGCGAUUGUUCCAUUAAAUUAAAACAACAUCAAUUGGUUUUCACAGAAUUAUUCAAUUCGGAAUAUUUGGCGGAGAAUUUGGAUCAUUUGCGUAAAACAUUGCCGAGAUUUGGUCACAGUUUGGUGGCUGAUCGAAGAGGAAGUUUGUGGAUGUUUGGAGGCUAUUCCCUGAGUCAUGGUCCUUUGAACGACAUUCGACUGUUUGACACAAAGAAUAAUACUUGGAUGCCAGUGACCGUUGAAUCAACAUCCGAAGCUUCGAUGCCACAGGGACGAUAUUUUCACGCCGCUGAAAUAGUUCACAGUAGACAGCAGAUCUACGUUUACGGUGGACUGUCAAUGAAGGAAAAUGGAAUUCUUGGCCUGUCGAAUAAUACUCUCAAUGAUUUUUGGAAAUUCAGUUUGCAAAAUCAAAGGUGGAGUCAAAUAACGUCGUGGAAUCAGCAACCACCGCCUUUGGCUGGUCAUACUUUAACAUUGAGACGAGAAGGCGAAUCGGAGAGUUUGAUUUUAAUCGGUGGUUUCAGUCCAAAGUAUGGCUAUUUGGAAACUGUUUGGGAAUUUAAUUUGGAGAUCGACACUUGGGAUACGAUCAAAACACUUGGGAAUAGUCCUCUUGGAAUUUAUGGACACUCGACUGUUUAUCAUACGAAAUCUGAUAGUUUUUAUGUAUUCGGUGGUUAUAUUUACGCCAUUAAUCGAACAUUUAUUUCGAAUAAAUUACACGCUUUUAAUUAUAAAACGAAACGAUGGUCCAUUUUACCGCCAUUCAAUGAUGAGGAUUCUGUCUACACGUACGGAAUUAGUUUCCCCCAGGCACGAUUUCUCCAUUCGGCGGUGACGACUGAUGAGUAUAUGGUGAUAUUUGGCGGACGACAGAAUACCUACAACACUUCGGAUACAUUAUUAGCUUAUAAAUAUUCUUGCAAUCUUUGGAUUCAUCUUAUAACGAGGGAUAUGGAAGUGAUUGGAAAUCCACCGCCGCCAGCUUAUGCUCACGCCAUGACUCACGCAGAUCCGGAAGCAAAUACUGUUUACGUGGUUGGUGGAUUCGAUGGAGGGAUUAAGAGUCACGUUACACAAAUAACAAUUCCCGAAGACUUGUGCAGUCUAUGGAUUGAUAAAGUUUCGUGCCGAAAAUAUUUUGGAUGUUCCUUUUGUGCAGUCACUACGAUUGCUGGUGCUAAUGAGUCUUAUUGCUUCUCGAAUGAUGAACUUUUACACAGAGACGACAAAUGUGAUAUUAACGUAACACAGGCGCAACGAUCAAAUGGCGUUUUCUGCAAUUCAGAAUGGAUGGCUAGUAGAAAAUGUCAAAAUUUCAAGACUUGUACCGAAUGUUUGGCAGAGUGGCCUCAUUACAAGGAAGAGCAGGCUGUUUGUAAAUGGUGUCCACAUUGUCCGCGUACGAAAUGCAUACCACGUGAGAAAGAUUGCGACGAGUCGAGUAAUUGCAAUUUGAAAUAUAAUACAAUAACCGAUGUGAAUCAAUGUAGCGAAAGACAAUGUUCGGCAAGUGAUUGCGAAAAAUGCAACAAUCAUAAAGGUUGCAUUUGGACUAGACAAGUAUUAAAGACCUCUGAUGGUGGCACCCAGGUAACUGAACAACCAGUCUACGAUUGGAAUUGUGUGUCUGAAGAUAUAUUCCGCCAGGCUACGUUCGGUAAAGAAAUUGUCAAUUUCGACAAAAAGAAGACGACACAUUGCGAGAAACGUUGCGGUGAUCAUAAGGACUGCACGAGUUGUCUCAAGGGCACCGGAGGCGAAGGCGGAUGGAGUGAAUGCAGAUGGUCCACGCAAUUAAAUGAGUGCAUCUCGCCGUCGUAUCAGCCACUUUAUUGCGUGGGUGGAGUUUGCGGAUUGGUUUUGCGAAGUAUCGACGUGGAACAUUGUCCUGAACCUUGUGCAGUCUUUAAGCAAUGCAGCACGUGCUUGAAACAUUCUCAUUGUGGCUGGUGUUCACUUGAUACGAAUUCAACAACGGGACAGGGUUUAUGUACAGAGGGAUCACUUGAAGCUCCAUCGGAUCAUCCAGCUGGCGGUACUUGUGAAAUGCUCUACAAUCAAGAAUUUUCACAAAAUAAUUCACAAAAAGAUUUACAAAUCUACGAGAAUAAUGCUACAAUGUUGGUGUCAAAAGGUGCAAAUCAGAGGAAUUUUUCUUGGCACUACGUCAGAUGCCCACCGGAAAAUGAAUGUUUAAACGGUCAUCAUACUUGCUCGCCAAAAAGUGAAAAAUGCUUCGAUCUCGAUGAGGGUUUCGAAUGUAUGUGUGGCGAUGGAUUUAAAACCGAAACAACCUGGUUGUCGAAUGAUCUCGGAAGGAAAACUUGCGUUCCAACGUGUGUUCAAGGAUGCGUUCGAGGAACGUGCGUUGAACCAAAUGAAUGUCGCUGUGAUUUUGGCUACGUCGGUGCAAAUUGUUCUAUUCAAUGUCAGUGCAAUGGACACAGUAAUUGUGAAGGUCCUGACAAAUUGGACAAAUGCAUAAAAUGUCACAAUAACACAAAGGGCGAUCAAUGCGAAAAAUGUGAACCAUUAUUUGUCGGCAAUCCAGCCGAUAAUGGACAAUGCGUGCCGUGCUUAGAAUACUGCAAUGGUCACACUCACGUUUGCAUUAAUGACAGCAUGACUGUUCCCGAUCCAAAUUCAAUAGAAAAAAUGUCAAUGGAUUUACUCAAGAAGCAACUAGUCGAAGGACCAAUAACAAAAGCAAAAUGUGUGAAAUGUGGAAAUAAUACGAAAGGAGAUAAAUGCGGUGAAUGUGUUUCGGGAUUUUUCCGAGGAACUGAAGAUCUUCGUGAUGUUUGCAGACCAUGCGAAUGUCAUGGUCAUGGAUUUAUGUGUGAUCCAGUGACCGGUGAGAAAUGUAAUUGCGGUAAUAAUACUGAAAGUGAGCCCUCGUGUCUUAGUGGACCUAUAAAAGGAUUAAGCGCCGGUGGUACGCCUUGUUGGAUGGUCCAGUGCAGUAAAUGUCGAGAAAAUUACGCAGGAACACCCACCAUGGGUCAUCAGUGUUAUAAAACUGUCACUGUCGACAAUAAGAUGUGCUUUGACUCAAAAUUAAUAGAUGAAUGCAAGUUGAAGCCGAAACCGUUAAAUCCUGGACAAACUGUUUUCUAUAUGGUUCAACCUCGUUUCAUGAAUGUCGAUAUACGUGUGAUGGUCGACGUGACACAAGGCGCUCUAGAUUUAUAUCUCAGUCCACGGGACGAUUCAUUUGUCGUCACUUUAAAUUCUUCUAAUGGCUAUCAAGAGAUUGAACUGGACAAUAGAUUUAAAUUACGUAAAGAUUAUCCCGAGAGCUGGUUGGAUUAUUCCCAUAAUAAAGUGAGAGUCGUGGAAUUUCAUCCACACGCAUCGUUUCAUUUAAUGCAAAAUGGAUCCACCGUGGAGCCGGAAUGGAGUUCAGGACCACAGUACAUAGUGAUGGAGCGUUACGCCGAGGGUUUAGCGACCUACGUCACAAUCGAGCAAAGAAAUACUCUUCUUGUGGUGAGAAAUCUGACAAAUCGUCUCGUAUUAACAUUACCGCAGGAUAAACACGAAUUGGGACAGACAAAAUUUCAUAUUGCCUUGAGGGCAAUCGAUAUGCCAAAUCCGGAGAUUAAUGGAAAGGCAGCUUAUGGAAUGAUCUUCUUUCGACAGGAUCAAUUGCACAUUGAUCUCUUUGUCUUUUUCUCCGUAUUUUUCUCAUGUUUCUUUUUAUUCCUGGCUGCUUGUGUUGUUGGCUGGAAGACAAAGCAAGCGGCAGACGUGAGAAGAGCCCGACGAAGGCAUGUCGUUGAAAUGUUGCAUAUGGCGAAAAGACCAUUUGCCUCGGCGACUAUUCUCUAUGAUCGUGAGGGAAAUAAUUUCAGUCCAAGUUCACCGCAACGAAAGGGAAGGCGGAAUAAAAUUGUCAAUUUUCACAGUGACGUGAGACCAGUGGCUGUUGAACCAACCGAUGAUGGUGUUGCUGGUGUUGCCACAGUUUUUAUCAAGUUACCCGGUGGAGGACAAGCACCCGUUAAAUUGGCUCUCGGCAGUUCCUUGAUUUUAUUAACGAGAGUCUAUCCAGUGAACAGUCGCGUAUUUCUCCGCCGACGAAACAGUCACGCUAUUAAUUAAUUUUAUUAUUAAAAUGAGAUGACAAUUUUGAUUAUUCAUAUUAUUUCAAAUUUUCAAGCCUACAAAUGACAAGGUAUUUAAAAUUUUAAUAUUGCUAAAACAGGGUGUCUACUAACCGGAAAUAGUUGGGAAUUUAAUUUGACUUAAUUUAAUUAAUUUAAUUUAAUUUAAUUUGAUUUAAUUUAAACCGAGAAUAAGGCAGGAAUUUUAUCCCAAACCGGGAAUUUUUUAACCAAAUUAAAAAAAGUUCUAUUAUUUUAAUUUCUUUUUAAAAAAUCGCUUUUAAUUUCAAUUUUUAUAGAUAUUUACA